AUGUAUCUACAACAGUACCUCAGUCAGAAAUAUCACGUAUUAACAACAUCGAACUUGAUCUGUUUUAGCUCGCCGGCGGUGGAUCCCCUAAAGGACGUCAACACAGCUGACGGACUCAAUUCAGUGAAGAUCAGGAACACCUAUGCUUCCACGAACUACAUCAGACCACCUAAAAAACGAACAGGUAGACCGAUAUCCACAAAAAAUAAUUCCUGUUCCCGAACCUCUAAACCAAGAGUGACGAAACGCAAGACAUCAGUAUCGCCGAAGCCAGCGGAACCGAAGGCGGCAACGAUGAGAUCCAUCGAGCCUUUGGAAUGCGAUCAUUGUGGCAAAGAGUUCUACCGCAAAGCUCACUUGGUGAUGCACAUGAAGACGUACAAGCACCAAUGCAACUCCUGCGAUCGACUUUUCCGGCUGAAGAAAGAUUUAAGCGUACACGUCAAAGAGAAACAUGGACCAACGCAGAUGGCGACGUACCCUUGCUCCCUCUGCGAGUACAAGAGCACCAACAAAGGUACCUUGAAGGACCACAUAAUUCGCAAACACACGAGCAGUUACCCUUACGCGUGUACAGUUUGCCAGAAGAAGUUCAAGCUGAAGAACGACCUGAAGCAACACACGAAUCAGAUGCACAACAAUGCUCCAGCCGUGAUAUGUUCCGUUUGCGGUCAUCCUUACAAGAGUAUCCAAGCCCUGAAGCAUCAUAUCAGGUACAGCCACAACAAACAUCCCUUUGAGUGCAGCAUAUGCAAGCGUUGCCUGUCCACCGAGGAGAGUUUGAAUCAACACAUACUUCGCCACAAACAGAGGGAAAGGGUGGUGUGCCCGACGUGCGGGAAGAUACUCAGGGGACGCACCAUCGAGGGGCACAUGCGGGUGCACACAGGGUUGAAGCCUUUUUCGUGUCCGGUUUGCGGGAAAUCCUUCUCGAGGCAAACAGCCAUGGAGCAACAUCUUCUAAUUCACACUGGAAAGAGACCGUACAUUUGUGAUAUUUGCGGGCAAGCUUUCGCGCAGAAGCCGGGCUUGAUUUGUCACAGGAAGAGACACCCUGGACCGCUGCCCCCUCUGGCUGCGGUUUCCGUAAAGAACAUCGUGAUGGAGUUUACCAAGGAGUACAAUAUGAAGAAUGCGACUGUUAAUAGCGAUUCGCCAGUGGAUCCCUUGAAGGACGUCAACGCCACGGAAGAAUUCUACGCCAUCAGAAUCGAGUCCGUGUUCACCUUGGCGGACCAGCAGAAGCUGUCCGAGAAUCAGGCGCAGGAAAGAAUGAUAACCGAUUUGAAUAAUUUCAUGGUCCCGGAACCUCAAGAGCCGAGGGACCAAAUAGCGGAUGCGUCGGAGCCGACGAAAAUACACGCGAACAGCGGAUCGUUGCAGUGCGACCGUUGCGGCAAACAGUUCUACCGCAAGGCGCACCUAGUGUUGCACAUGAAAUCCUACAAGCAUCAAUGCGUCGUCUGCGACGAGAUGUUCCGACUGAAGCAGGACUUGAGGUUACACGCCAAAGAGAAGCACGGCCGGAACGAUCACUCGAAGAUGCACCAGUGUGUCCAAUGCGACUACAAGACGCCAACGAAGGCGACGCUAAGGGAUCACAUCAUCCGACAGCACACCUCGAACUUCGACUUCAAGUGUACGUUCUGCAGCAAGAAGUUCAACGUGAGGUACGACAUGAGGCAGCACAUGAAGCAAGUGCACGGCGAAACGCCGGCCAUCAAGUGUUCCAUGUGCAGCAAUUCCUACAAGAAUCUUCCGGCUCUUCAGAACCACAUCAAGAGCACCCACGAGAAGUACCCUUACGAGUGUAAGCUGUGCAAACGUUGUUUGUCGACGCAGGAGAGUUUGGAGCAGCACAUGCGCUGGCACGAGGAGAAGAAGAGCGAGAGCGUGACUUGCCCGAUAUGCAAGAAGGUCCUCCGAGGGCGUACGCUGGCGGCCCACAUGCGAAUGCACGCCGAGGAGAAGCCCUACAUGUGCCCAGUUUGCGGCAAGUGCUUUCGGAGGAUGAGUCCCAUGGAGCGGCACGUCGUCAUUCACACCGGGAAAAAGCCGUACGCUUGCGACGUUUGCGGGCAGAGGUUUGCGCAAAGGCCGGGGCUGCUGGCACACAGGAGGCGACAUCCUGGGCCACUGCCCCCUCUGCCGGUAGUGUCGAUUAAGAGCAUAGUCAAGGAGUUCACCCAGGAUAUUGGGAAGAACGAAACCAUUGAAAUCGAUUGA